UAAAAGUGUAUGAAGUCGACAAAGGUUUCAGUUAACGGAAGUCGCGCAUAGAAUCGAGUUUAUUUAAUAGAAGCUGCUCGCUUGGUUCAUUUGAAUAUGAAAAACGAAAUUAAAAUACACAAAAAAAUGUUCUGACAAAAUAAAAAAUAAUAUAAAAUUUUAAAAAUUAAAAAUUAUAUUAAAAUCAUUUCAAUUGGUGUUGAAAGUUGAAUUUAAAAAAUUUAAUUAAAAAUAUUUUUAUUGUGAAUCUGAAUCGGCACAAAAAAUUCAAAAAUCAAAAAAAUCUACAAAUAUUAUCUAUAAAAAAAUAUUUAAAAUGGAGGUCUACACAUCAGAUAGCUGUGAAAGUGAUACGCGCGACCAGAAAACUUUGGAUUAUGGACAUAUGGGGUUAACGGAUAAUGAACCCUAUCUCGAUACCGAUUUACAUUCGGAAAGUAAAACUCGUCUCAAAAAUCACAAGGAUAUCGAAACCAUGCUUUUAAAUCACAAUCGUCUCACGCACAUACCGAACACCAUUAAACAAUUUGUGAAUUUAAAAAUUAUGGAUCUGAGUUCGAACUCCUUGACGAUGCUACCGGAGGCCAUAUGUCAAUUACCAUUGGUUACACUGAUUGCAAAGAAUAACCAAUUGACAAAUAAGUCACUGCCGAAGUCGUUUGUUAUGAAAAAUUCAUAUCUCAAGGAGUUGAAUUUAAGUGGCAAUUUACUAACGCAUUUCCCGGAACAAGUGGUCGAGUUACGGUAUCUUAAGUAUCUAUAUAUUGGCGGUAAUAAAAUAAGAGCAAUACCAAAAGACAUAUGGAAAAUGCGAAGCUUACAUAUACUAUCAGUUGGUGGUAAUGAAAUCAGUGAAGUGCCAGAUAGUGUGGGCCUUUUAAGUCAAUUACAUGCUCUAGUUCUUUGUGAUAAUUUAAUAGAAAACUUACCUACAAGCAUAGCUCGCUUAGAGAGUUUAAAGUCCUUGUUGCUACACAAAAAUUUACUGAAGCAUUUGCCUAAGGAUAUAGUAGCUUUAAAGAACUUAACUGAGCUUAGCUUGCGAGAUAAUCCGCUAGUCGUGCGUUUUGUACAAGAAAUGGCAUUACAUCCACCUACGUUACUGGAAUUGGCCGCUCGCGUAGUAAAAUCGAAUGGAAAGGAAUAUGGACCAGGUGAUUUACCACUUACUACCAUUGAAUACUUGAAGAGUGCCAAUUGCUGUGUAAAUCCAAAUUGUAAAGGUGUAUUCUUCGACAACAGAGUAGAGCAUAUCAAAUUUGUAGAUUUCUGCGGAAAGUAUCGGGUACCUUUACUACAAUAUUUAUGCUCCUCGAAGUGUAUUGAACCUGAAAAGCCAAGACCACAAGCUAGUGGUUUUAUGAUGCGGAAAGUUUUAUUGGGCUGAGAUUUUUAUUGUUGCGAUACCUUAUUUUGUUUUAUUUUGUUAUAUGAAUAUGUACCUAUAUUUUGGAAAUGCUAAAUAAAGGAUAUGAAAUAUUACGCCAAAAGGCGCUUUAUUUGGCUUUUAA